CGCAUGCGCCUUGCUGACAGUGCGCAGCGUGCCGAUGGCGGCCACUUGAGCUCGGUGCCGUCGGUCUGUUUAUGGGUCUGAGCGGUCAGUGUGCGCGGAUCCUGGGACGGUGCAAGGCGCUGACCCCGCAGCAGCCUCUGCUCGACCCCCGCAGGCCCCAUGGAGCCCCAGGCUUGCAGCUGAUGCUGGGCUCCAGCCCCGCGCUGCUCCGCCGGUUAUCCCGGGACAUAGAGCUGCGGCCCGACUUCCUGAGCCCGGCCGAGGAGACGGCCCUGCUGCAGGAGCUGGAGCGGGAGCCGCGGCUGAGGCGGCAGCGCUACCAGCGGGACCACUGGGACCAGGCAAUCCAUGGAUAUCGAGAGAUAGAGAAGUCGCAGUGGACCGAGCAGAACACAGCCGUCCUGCAGCGACUGCGAGAUGUUGCCUUCCUGCCAGGGGUGCCUCAGCUCUCAAUGGUGCAUGUGUUGGACCUUGAAAAGACUGGCUUCAUCAAUCCCCAUGUGGACAGUGUGAAGUUCUGCGGGGACACGAUUGCGGGCAUGUGCCUCCUGUCGAGCAGUGUGAUGCGGCUGGUGAGUGAAGACAGCAGUGAGGAUUGGGUGGAUUUGCUACUUCAGCGCCGGUCUGCGUAUGUCCUGAGGGGAGCUGCCCGAUACCAGUUCAGCCACCAGAUCCUCAAAGACGAAGAGUCCUUCUUCGGAAGCCAGAAAGUACCUCGAGAUCGGCGGAUUUCCAUUAUUUGCAGGAACCUGCCCAUCAGCUCAGAGUCAGCUGAUCAUCCCUCAUAUACCCAUGGUAAUUUAUAAACCAAUGUUCAUUUAUAAGUUAAUCCAACAUGUGAGUUGUGCUGUU